AUGGCCGGCACUGCCGCUCCUUCGCCCAUCGGCAGCAACGACGACGUCAUCAGCGGUAGCGGUAGUGAAACCGACACCGCCGCCCUGCUGGCUUUCAAGGCCCAGCUCGCCGAUCCUCUCGGCAUCCUCAGCGACAACUGGACCGCCGCCACUCCCUUCUGCCACUGGGUCGGCGUGUCGUGCAGCCGGCGGCGGCCGCGUGUCACCGCUCUCCAGCUGCAAGAUGUGCCUCUCCAAGGAUGUCUAUCCGCUAGCCUUGGUAACCUCUCCUUCCUCUCUUUGCUCAACCUGAGGAGCACGGAGCUGACGGGCUCCAUCCCACCGGAACUGGGAAGGCUUCCUCGUCUCAGAAUGCUUGUUCUUGCCAACAACACCUUGUCCGGCACAAUUCCAUCGGCGCUAGGGAACCUCACGAAGCUUGAGCACAUCAAUCUGUUGCGCAACCAACUCACGGGGCAUAUCCCCCGCGAGCUGGGAAAUCUGUGCAAUCUUAGGUCCAUGGCUCUUAUGGCCAAUUAUCUCACAGGACUAGUACCACAUGAUUUGUUUAACCAAACAUCUCUGUUGGCACAUCUGAACCUGGGGAACAACAGUUUGUCGGGCACAAUUCCACAUGCCAUUGGCCAGUUGCCCAUGCUGCAAUUCUUGAGCUUGCAAGUAAACCACUUCUCUGGCUCGAUACCUCCUGCCAUUUUCAACAUGACUAGCAUUAUGGUAAUUUCUCUUUCAAUCAACUACCUCAAUGGAACCAUCCCUAGCGGCAACAAUAGCUUCAACCUCCCCAUGCUAGAAGUAUUAUCCAUGUCCGAGAACAGUUUCACGGGUCAAAUUCCAUUGGGGCUCUCAGGAUGUCAAUACCUCCAAGAACUUUCACUAUCAAUAAACCAGUUUGAGGGUCCAGUGCCAGAAUGGUUAGCCAAACUACCAAAUCUCUAUGUAAUCUAUUUAGGUGGGAAUAAACUUGUUGGCACGAUCCCAUCUGCUCUCAGCAAUCUUACCAAUCUUGAGGAACUGGACCUUUCAAUGUGCAAGCUAAAAGGUCUGAUCCCAACAGAGCUUGGGCACAUCCAUCGACCAAAUCAUAGGUAUUUCUUAAAGUUCUUGAUGCCUGCUGGUAUUGUUAUUCUACUUGGAGCUGUUGCCACGUUUCUAUAUAUAAUAAUGAGCCACAAAGCCAAAAGGCAGGAGGAGCGGCUGGUUUCUCCUGGCAUAUUCGGUGUCAUAAACCACAGGUUACUCUCCUACCAUGAGAUUGCUCGUGCCACUGGUAAUUUCAGUGAGAGUAAUCUGAUUGGGUCUGGAAGCUUUGGAAAAGUUUAUAAGGGACAGUUGAUGGACGGAGCUAUGGUCGCAAUAAAAGUUCUGAACAUGCAUCUAGAACAAGCGGUGAGAAGCUUCGAUGCCGAGUGCCGUGUCCUGCGCAUGGCCCGACACCGCAACUUGAUAAGUAUACUUACAACCUGCUCCAAUCUUGAGUUCAGAGCCUUGGUCCUUCAGUAUAUGCCCAAGGGAAGCUUAGAGGCUCUCCUGCACUCUGAUAGCAGAGGGCGAUCGGGAUACCUUCAGAGACUGGAAAUUAUGUUGGACGUGUCCAUGGCACUGGAGUAUCUUCACUAUGAUCAUUGUGAAGUUGUCCUGCAUUGUGACUUAAAACCUAGCAAUGUCCUGUUUGAUGAGGACAUGGUAGCACAUGUGGCGGAUUUUGGGAUUGCAAAACUGUUGUUGGGUGAUGACUUCUCCGCAGUUUCUGCGAGCAUGCCUGGAACAAUCGGUUAUAUUGCACCAGAGUAUGGAUCGGUGGGAAGGCUGUCAAGAAAAAGUGAUGUAUUCAGCUACGGGGUCAUGCUUCUUGAAGUAUUCACUGGAAAAAGGCCCACAGAUCCUAUGUUCCUACAGCAAGAACCUGCUGGGAGUCUGAAUGACUUCCUGAUCCCAGUGCUUGAAAUAGGAUUACUAUGCUCCGAUGAUUUGCCAGACCAAAGAAUGGUCAUGCGAGAUGUGGUGGCGACGCUGAAGAAGAUAAGAGAGGCAUACAUGGCUUCUGUGACAAGGAGGCAGAGUGCCCAGUGACAACAAUCUCCAAGAAGGUUCUUAGUGCUUAAAAAUGGCCAGUCGGAUCAGGAGAAACGAAACUGGUAGAAAGCACCAUAGGCGAGUUUACAUUAGAGCAGGUGGUUUGAUUUGACAAUGACCAAUGGGAUAAGGAGGGAUGAAAGUGGUAGAAAGCUCUGCAACCUUGACAGUCCAAUCAAUACAUUUUAGUUCAACGAAGAUCCACCCCCCCAAAACACGUUACUGUCCUCUGGAGACAUCCCUUGCUUUCUCCACGCCUCCACUCCAUUCGAUUCCUCUUCUCCCUCCCUUUCCUGCCUCCCUUUUCCUACAAAAAGCGCAACUCCCUUGUUGCUUCUCCAUCUGCCCAUCCCCUGCUCCGAACCAGAGUAUAGCUCCCCUGUCUCUUGUCCAACGGUUGCUCGUUCUGUUUCCACACGAGAACCCGUGCAGCAUACCAGUGGCAGCAGCAAUGUCAGGGGAGGCACCGGUGGUGGACGCCGAGUAUAUGGCAGAGAUCGAGAGGGCGCAGUGAGACCUCCGCGCCCUCAGCGCCAGCAAGAGCUGCUCGCCAAUCAUGCUCCACCUGGCAUGGCAUGAUGUUGGCACUUACGACAAGGAGACAAAGACCGGCGGCCCCAAUGGAUCCAUCAGGUUCCCGCAGGAAUACAGCCACGCUGCAAAUGCAGGGUUCGAGAUUGCUAUCGACCUUCUACGUCUGUCACUACUUUUGUCUCCUGCUGCUUCUGAAGCUGCUCCGAUCAAGUGUAGUCUUGUUAACACCUGCCAUGCUUCUUUCCUCCUGUGAAGAGCCAAUCAAACAGAAGCACCACAAGAUCACGUAUGCAGACCUGUAUAUCAGCUCGCCGGAGUUGUUGCCGUCGAAGUUACUGAAGGACCAACCACCGAUUUUCGCCGGAGAUACCACACUCCAUCGAAGUUACUGGAGGAUUCCAACUGAAGAGAAGAUACCAACCUCCAUCUAUAUAUGUUGGAUCGAAGCUCAAGCUCCUCUCAACCUGCUUUUCCGUCUUGCAUUUCAGACUGAGAGUUGUAUACGUAGUGUUGUUUUCAUGAAAGAGGAAAUACAGUGAGUGCAUAAUUA